CGACGAGGAGACUAAGUAGUCAGCUAGAAAUAGCUAAUAUGACAUUCACUCUAAGACGGGCGGCCAGCCGGCCCGGACGAACGCGCUGUCGCAGCGCUGGAUUUGCCGAUUGGAAAGUGAGAAUACUCGGGGCCCCCCUAGAGAGGGCCCCCGACCUGAAGAGGCCGCCGUAAGGCGGUCAAACCCUCUCAGGCAUGGAGCAGUUCGAGCAACUGCUAACGUGCGCGAUAUGCCUGGACCGUUACAGAAACCCAAAGCUUUUACCAUGCCAGCACAGCUUUUGCAUGGAACCGUGCAUGGAUGGCCUGGUCGAUUAUGUUCGUCGACAGGUCAAAUGUCCGGAAUGUCGUGCCGAACAUCGUAUACCUUAUCAGGGUGUUCAAGCCUUUCCCACCAACGUGACGCUACAACGAUUUUUGGAGUUACACAUAGAGAUCACCGGGGAAUUACCAGAUCCAACCAGUGGUCAGACUAUGGAACGAUGUGGUGUCUGCUCCGAAAAGAGCUAUUGUUCCCUCUGCGUCCAUUGUGAGAAGAAAUGUUGUCCUGAGUGCAAGGACGCGCAUAUGGAUAUCCUCAGACGGGAAAUUACGCGUAUCAACUCGCAGGUUCGAAGAGGUCUCCACAGGUUACAAGAUGCCCUGGCAUUGGUCGAAAAAAAUACGUUGGGUCUCCAAACUAAUUGUGCUGCGGUUGCUGAGGAAGUCGACGAGAUUUAUAGACGUUUGAGCAAAGCUUUAAAAGACCGAACGGAAUAUCUACGCAACGAGGUCGACCGGUACUUAGGUACUGAACUACGUGGUCUGAUACAACUCAAAGAGAAUCUCGAAUUGGAAAUCGCUAACAUUCAAAGCAACUGCGAUUUGGCAGAAGCUCACAUCAAUGAGAAUGUUCCUUGGGACGAUUCGGAACUUCUCGAUACUAAAGAACUCUUUCUACGUACCGUCGAAUUCAUCAGAAAUUUCGAAUACGAGGCCGGAGAUUAUAGUAGAAGAGUACGUUUCAUGAUGGCCCAUGAUCCGAACCAAUUGGUUCUUCACGUGGCCGGUUACGGAGAGCUUAACAUCAAACCGGAAAGCGGAAGUGGAGGAUUGCUAGGUAGUUCGAGCAGUUUAGCACCGCCAGGAGGUUCUCCUGGACUUAUGAGAAGUAAGAGCGAUCAUCGUCUAGCCUCGCAGUAUCGACAGCAAGAAGAGGAACGACUAGCCAGGAAUCGAUAUGUUCCUGAAUACGAAUACGAUGCACCCGAGUACGAUACACCGAGGAAUAAAUCACGUUAUAGAAGUCGUUUUAUGAGGCAUCGGGACGGCGACGAUUCCGAUGGGGAUUCGAGAUCGACAGUUAGAUUCACGUCGACUCCACAGGAAUCAGGAUUACGAGAGCGAGUUUUAGACACAGAGGAUGCCGCGCGAGGACCAUUGUCCGGUAUUUUCCGUUUGACGGAUUCACCUCGGGUUAUGAAAAAGCUUCAGGAAUGCGAGAGAGCUGGCAAGAGAAAGAAAGAGGAAUCCACUCAACCUGCUCAACCUCAAACACCCAAACCUCAGGUACAAGUUAGAAUAGCACCGACGGCAAUGGCGAGACAAGUCAGCGAGGACGACGAAAUUUCCAGGAUCAAGAAGCAGAACAAGAACUUACCACAGGGAACGACGGAAACGACGGUGGAGGAACGACAACCCCAACCACCAACACCGGUCCAUCCACAACCGAGAGAACCUCCAACGGACCGUGAACCGGAGGAAGCUGCGGUCAGAAGACCACCCACGAUCGCGAGGAGAACGUCAAGCGACAGCCACGCACCUGCAACAAGAAGUGCAUCUUCGGACUCUAGCACGGGUUCGGAAAGUUCAACGGGUUCGGGAAUUCGUAGCACGGGCGCCCCAUUCACUGCGGAGGAAAUGAAACAAAAAUAUCUCUCGAGAGCACCACCAACAAAUACGACCACUAGUACGGUCACUGCCAGCUCCGGCAGAGAUACCACAGCGAGCAGUGUUCCUGCUACGAGGCCCUUCCAAAGCCGAUUCUUAGGCACAGGUAAUCGUGCAGCACCUCCACCACCAACAACAACGCAAUCAAGCAGAGAGGAAACAACUACGAAAAAGAAAGAGGACGAAGAGGAAGACGAGGAAGAAGAAACAAGCAGUUCUUCCGAGGAAACCGAAUCCGAGACGGAAGAGGAAUCGGAAACAGAUACUCGCACAACACCAACUACGGCAAGCAUCCCAUCAUCGACACCGCAGGAUCGUCAAAGGAAUGACGCAGCUAUGGCACGUACAGACAUUGGUGCCUUGCUUGCACGCAGUGCUGAAGCCCGGCGUGGAAGCAAAGAGGACUCUCCCUCGACCAGGUAUUCGACACCGAGGGGAAGUCCCGGACAUAUCGUGACGAGUCCUACGAGUCCACUGACGAUGACGACUUCGACGAGCGGCUCGACGAUGGCCGGAAGUGGUGUGGGUGGUGUACCGAUAGGGUCUACUGGUGGCUACUCCUCCAGCAGUAUCACUGACCGUCGUCUCGAGGAUAGCAAUCACGAGGCCGGCGAGCACCAACGCGAGGACGUUGUCAAGGAUUGUCGUAAGGUGAACGGCUCGAGGACCGUUACGGAAAAACUCGAAGACGAGAACACGAGAGAGUAUAAGACUGAUAAGGAGGAAGAAGAUGAAGAGGGGGUGGAGGGAGUGGAGGGGGAGGAGGAAGAAGAUGGGCUUGAAAAGGCUGAAGAAAAUUCAAAGGACGAAGAAGAAGCAUCCAUAACCGGGGACGAAUCAACUUCGGACUCGGUCGAGGACGAGGAUGAAAGGACAGUGAUCAGCAUUCAUAAAGGAUCGGAUAGUGACAGAAAUGCACGUAGUUCUUCCCUCGUAUCCGAUAAAAGUAUCGAGGAUGAACUUUUCGACGAUAUUGGUUGGCUCGUUACCGAUCAAGAUCUCCAAUUGGAUGGAUCGAUAAGAUCCUCGAAAAAUCAAGACAACAAUUUAAUGAUCGGACAGGAGGACGAGAAAAAUAUAAAUGAAAAUUUGAACGCAUCCAAGAGUCCUGACUAUUCGUCGAGAAACAGAGUGUAUAGGCAAAGCAGUAUCGGUAAAAAUGGUUGGCUGAUUUCGGACGAGUCCGAAAGCGAAUCCGAAAGAACUAAUUCCCCGACAGGCUCUCGAAGAACUACCGAAGAUACUAUAAAAAACGAGGAGAAUAUCGAAAGGCAAGAAGACAGCAACAAGUCGGAAGAACCCAAAAAGGACGAUUGGAGCAUCGAGGAAAACGGUUGGAUGAUUGUCAACGACGAAGACAACGAAUCAACUAUCCAGAACUUGUCGAAAACAGAAGAACCACCUUCCUUGGAUAAAACGGAAUUAAAGAGAGGAAGAUCGAGCACGAAUAGUUCCCAAACGACCACCGACCUCGUAACGAGAGCUAACGUCGAGAACGGCGCGUUAAUCGCGAACGCUAACCGAUCUAAACAAACCGAAAGAUCCGACGAACACGAAGAUGCGACCGAUGUUGAUAUCAGUAUACCGAUGCAGAUGGUUCUUGAACAAGAGCAGAAGUCAGGCGGCAAUGGCGGCGAGGGAACGAGAGAGGGAGAGAGAGAGGGAACAGGAGAGAGAGCGGGAAAGAGAACGAGAGCGAGAAAGAGAACGAGAAAGAGACGAGAACGGGAGAAGGAGAGAGAAAGAGAACGGGAGCGGGAGCGGGAGCGGGAACGGGACCGGGAACGGGAACGGGAACGGGAGAAAGAACGGGAGAAAGAACGGGAGAAAGAACGGGAGAGAGAACGGGAAAGAGAGAGAGAGAACGUUGCCUCGGCGAUAGGAGAAACAGAGACAACAACAACGACAACCGAACCAUCAACCCUUCUACCCCGGUCGCGUUACGCAGCACUGAAGGAGAGACGGCAACGAUUGGCACGUUCGAGAAGUUCCCACAAUUUCGGGGGCGACGAGGUAGAUCUAGACGAGGAACCACCGUCCCCAACCACCCAAUCACCGAACGCCUAUCUCGCGGCAAAAUACGGCGCCGGUUCUGAACUAGCACGUAGCCGUAGUACUCACGCUUUGAAGUCGAGGGAACCGAGCCCAGAACGGGACCGAUCCGGUACCGAAAAGGAUGGCGCAGCUCUCAGCUCUUGGGCAAGAUAUCUUAAAAAUAAAUACGGUAAUCGUAGUGCCAAAGACAAGGAGCCGCCUUCCACGACAACCUCGAUUCCCUCAUCCAGCGCCAGCGCAACCUCUAGAAGGUUAUCGCUGGGUCUACCUCUUAGGCACACCGGUCAAACGUCCUUCGAAUCUUCUGAUGACGAUCAAAAAAACCCGUCAGGCUCCCCCACGUCCCCUACAGCAGCUCCCGUUAUACCCGCGGCAGCAGGUUCCUCCACUAGGAGUAAUUACCUGCUGAAGCGGCGUCAGCUGUUUAAGUUUGGGAUGCGGGGGAGCGAAGCCGGAUGCUUUACGUGGCCAAGAGGCCUUGCGAUUGGCCCGGACAAUACCAUCGUCGUCGCUGACAGCUCCAAUCAUCGUGUUCAAGUAUUUAACAGUAACGGUAACUUCCUGAAGGAAUUUGGAACAUAUGGAAGCGGUGAAGGUGAAUUCGACUGCCUCGCAGGUGUGGCCGUUAACAGAAUCGGCCAAUAUAUCAUCGCUGACCGUUAUAAUCAUAGGAUUCAGGUGCUUGAUCCUUCUGGACGUUUUCUAAGGGCUUUUGGUUCUCAAGGUACCGCAGACGGACGAUUCAAUUAUCCCUGGGGUAUUACCACGGAUGCUCUUGGAUUUAUUUAUGUCUGCGAUAAAGAGAAUCACCGGGUACAGGUAUUUCAAUCGGACGGGACAUUCGUGGGAAAAUUCGGAUCAUGUGGUAGUGGACGCGGUCAGCUAGAACAUCCACAUUACAUAGCGGUUAGCAACACCAAUCGUGUGAUCGUAAGCGAUGGGAACAAUCAUAGGAUUCAAAUAUUCGACGUGAACGGUCGUGUAUUGAGUUCAUUUGGAUCCGAGGGUUCGGACGAAGGUCAGUUUAAGUUUCCAAGAGGAGUAGCGGUUGAUGAACAAGGUUACAUCGUCGUUGCUGAUUCCGGAAACAAUCGAAUACAAAUCUUCAGUCCGGAAGGUAAUUUUUUGAAAUCGUUUGGUGGCUGGGGAAGCGGAGAUGGAGAAUUCAAAGGUCUCGAAGGUGUUGCUGUUACAUCCAACGGUAAUGUCGUCAUUUGCGAUCGUGAAAAUCAUCGUGUACAAGUAUUUUGAUGUUUAAAUUAUUAAAAGCUUUAUCCAUUGUUCAGUUGACACGUCAAUUUGUAAAAAACAAAAUCUUUCGUGAACUCGUGUAACUGUGUUAGAUUCGUAAAACUAACCUCUAACACCAACGAGGAUUUCUCAACGUGUUAGAGAAUUAUACACGAACGUACUAUCGAAAAUAUUAACAUUUGCAUUUUCGAUAAUUAUGAAUAUUCGAAUGUAUGUGUAUUGUGUAUGUACGAGGAAAGAAUAAUUAAUCAUUAUUUAUCAAAGCGUAGAAUCAAUCUCUCAAUUAUUACGAUUAACGAAAACGUUAGAAGCUUCGUUGUAAUUUUCCACAAUUAAUUUUAAGUCUAACCGAGAGUCUUUUGUUUUGUCUUAAAGAAACAAUCUAUGUCUUAAAUACGCGCGUGAAAUUAUUUAUAACAAUUCCUAAAAUAAUUUACUUUGAGAAUUGACAAAACAAGAAGUCGUAUUGUAAUCAAUUGCUCAUUAAUAUUUUCUUUUUAUUUAACUCUAAUCACUUUGAUUUCAUUUUCAUUCGCUCUUAUCACAAUCUCUUACUCUUCUUUUUUCUUCUAUUCUUUAUCCUUUAUUCAUCUUCGUCUCUUACUCUAAGAACAAACUCAUUGUGUUCGAAAGGAUUCUUGAAUUUGUAUUACGAAACGAAGAGUUUGUAUCUCGUUUGUAUAUGCUUGAAGAAAUAAAUCGUUACA